AUGAGACCAACAGACGUACCAGACACAGGUUUACUGUGUGAUCUCUUAUGGUCUGAUCCAGAUAAAGACGUCCAAGGGUGGGGGGAGAAUGACCGAGGAGUAUCUUUCACAUUUGGGGGAGAUGUUGUCAGCAAAUUUCUCAACAGACAUGAUCUUGAUUUGAUCUGCAGGGCACAUCAGGUUGUUGAAGAUGGAUAUGAAUUUUUUGCCAAGAGACAGCUGGUGACCCUGUUUUCAGCCCCCAACUACUGUGGGGAGUUUGACAAUGCAGGAGGAAUGAUGUCUGUAGAUGAAACACUCAUGUGCUCCUUCCAGAUAUUGAAACCUUCAGAGAAGAAGGCCAAGUACCAGUAUGGAGGGUUAAACUCAGGACGACCUGUCACGCCACCUAGAGGUGCCACACAACCCAAGAAGAAAUAG